AUGGAGAAUCUCGAAGAGAUCAACAAGCUCACUGGUGGCCUUCGCCAUCUUCGACUUCGUGCUGCUGACGAACUGGUCAAGUAUUCUGUCCCCGUUGAGACGGUUCCUCGUCCCGGCUUCAACACUACCGGCAAGGAGAUCGAAUUAUCUAUGAACGCCUAUCCCAUCGUCAAGUUCCCAAACAAGAAUGUUUACCAGUAUGAUGUUCAUAUUGGCUCUGGGGCUGAGAAGAACGUGGUGAUCAAAAAGGUCUGGGAUUCAGCUGCCAGAAAGACGGCUCUCAAGCAGAUUGUUUUUGACGGUCAGAAGCUGGCCUGGUCCAUGAAUGACUACAAGCAUGAGCUUAAUGUCAUGGUUGAUCUUGAUGCUGAGCAAGGUCGUCGCCCCAAUACCAAGACCCCCAACGUCUUCCGUCUUCUUGUGCGUCCUACCAAAACUGUCAACUUGGCAGUUCUCAACGCCUGGCUCUCUGGAAAAACUUCCAUGUCUGAGGCUGUUUUGGAGGCCCUGAAUUUCCUCGACCAUGUCAUCCGGGAAUAUCCCAGCACCAAGUUCCUUGCGCUUAGGCGUUCCUUUUUCGAUGCCGACGGAGACAACAAGGACUUAGGUAACGGCGUUCUUGCCUUCAAGGGUGUCUAUCAGGCUAUCCGACCUGCUAUUGGACGUGGAUUGAUUGUGAACGUCGAUGUUUCCAACUCUUGCUUUUGGGCACGAAUUUCCUUCAUGGGAGCAGCCAUGGCGGUGCUUGACUGCCGCGACCAUCAAAAUCUGGCCCAUGUUCUGAAGCCUGUCGCUGACGGCCAUGGUGGUGUCACUGAAUCAACCCAGUUUUACGAGGCCCACCGCCGCUUGAGAAAGUUGCAGGUUCAACCGCACUACCGCGGCUGUCCAGUUCUUGGUACCAAUUUCAUCGUCAAAGGGCUGAUUAACGCAAAUGCCCGUCAGUACCUCAUUGAACUGAAAGACAAGGCAACCGGCAAGACCGAAAAGAUCAGUGUCGAGACCUACUUCAAGAGGAAGUAUAAUCUCACCCUCACCAACUGGGAUCUUCCCAUGGUUGAGAUGACCAAGAAGGGGGUCGUCUACCCAAUGGAAGUUCUUACGAUUCAUGGUCUUCAGAAAUACCCUUGGAAGCUCAACGAAUACCAGACCUCGCAUAUGAUCAAGUAUGCGGCUGCGCGGCCUAGCGAUCGUUUGCAAUCGGUUCACAAGUCCAAGGCCAUGCUUGCUCAUGACAGUGAUCCUGUGCUUAAGACUUUCGGACUUCAAAUUGACCAAAACAUGAUUCGGACCAAAGCCCGACUGUUGCCCAACCCCGAUAUCCAGUUCGGUGGCAAUCAACGUCAUAAUCCUGGCACUAAUGGUCGCUGGGAUCUUCGAGGAAAGAAGUUCUAUCAGCCCAACAAGAGGCCUCUCGAAUCAUGGGGCAUCGGGUUCUUUACCGGCAAGCGCAACUCGGUGAACAAGACUCAGGUGGAAACAUUUGUUGAUGGGUUCAUGAAGACUUACGCAGGUCAUGGAGGUCAGGUCGUGCACCGCCCACUUGUUGUUGAGCUCAAGGAGGAUAUCGGCGAAGCGAUGAAAAAGCUAUACAACCAAACCGGCGUUAAGUUUCAAAAGGAUCCCCAGAUUCUGUUGAUUGUGGUCCCUGACAAGAACUCGUUCACCUAUUCUCGGAUCAAGAAAUCGUGUGACUGCCGCUGGGGUGUGCCUUCUCAGGUUAUGCAGUCGCUCCAUGUGGCCAAGGCAAAUCCGCAGUACAUCUCCAACGUCCUGAUGAAGGUGAACGCAAAGCUCGGUGGUACUACAGCUCGAAUCAUUACCAAGGUUCCUGAAGCUUCCCUUAAGCCCAUGUCGAUGAUUAUUGGUGCCGACGUGACCCACUCGCCUCUGGGCGUGUGGUCCCCUUCCAUGGCCGCUAUGUCCGUGUGCAUGGACACUUUUGGCGGUCGCUAUUGGGGCGCCUGUGAGGCUAAUGGAGACCGCAUCGAGAUCAUUGCUCGUGCGAACAUGGAGAUUAUGCUGACUCCACUUGUUCGCGAAUGGAUGUCCACCGUCGGCCAGGGCCGUGCACCUGAGCGCGUUUACUACUUCCGAGACGGUGUGUCAACUGGCCAGUUCGAACAUGUCCUCAACGAGGAAGUCUUUGUCAUGAAGUCUAUCUUUAUGCAGCUGACUCAGGAUCAGUGGAAAGGCAAGUUCACUGUGGUGAUUGCCAACAAGCGUCAUCACCUCAGGGCGUUCCCCCGGGCCGGUGACCGCAAUUCAGCCGACAAGAAUGGCAACCCCCUUCCUGGCACCCUUAUCGAAAAGGAUGUGACCAGCCCUCAUGACUGGGAUUUCCUUUUGUACUCGCACAUCGCGCUUCAGGGCACGUCUCGUCCGGUCCACUAUCACGUAAUCUUGGAUCAAAACAAGCAUCGUGCUCACGAACUUGAGAACAUGGUCUAUGAUCACUGCUAUCAGUACAUGAGGUCGACUACCUCAGUGUCCUUGUUCCCGGCUGUCUACUACGCGCAUCUGAUCGCCACCCGCGCCAAACAUCAUGAGGAUGUCCCUGCCAGCUCUGGCCCUCAGAGCGGUCCACAGGUCAAGAUGACCAAUCCGAAGCCCAAGGACAAGCCGACUGACCCGCGCUUGUUGUCCAUUCAUGGAACCUCGAACAGAUUGCCGUUUGGAAUGUGGUACAUCUAGGUACUGGGCUGCACAGGUUGUCUUCCUCAAUGUUGUUCCUUUUCUUUUCCGUUUCUUUCACUUUUCACGCUUGGCAACCAUGCUUAAGCCAUGGAUCAGGAAAUCUCCGCUCUUUUUUUAUGCGGCUGCGUCACGUUCUAUCACUGGGCUGGUUCAUUGGGCUUACACGCUAUCAAAUUGACCCGGCUGUGGGCUUCGAAUUUCAGGCUGGCGAUGACCUAAUCGACCAGGGCGAGCUGGCUUCAACAAG